CUGCAGCGCCACAGUGAGAGUUGUCAACGUGGAUGCGAUCGAACCCCGGGCCGCCGGCCCCGCGUACAGACACUAUCACACACUCGCGCCGACAUUUUGUCCCCGGGAGAUACUUACGAGCCGUAGUGGUGUCAGAAAACGACCGGAUUCGCCUCUGUUAGCAAUGGAGGGAGGAACACACUAGACAUGCAAAAUGGUGGCUACUCCAGCCUCGGCGCAUCGACAGCAGGCGGAGGGUUACACUGAGGGAGCGCAGAGGUUUUGGGAAAGAGGCGCGGACUGGCUGUCGCACCGGGCUCGACCUCCUCACGCUGACCGCACACUAACCGCAGCCGUGCCCGGGAUCGCACCUGAUAUGCCCGUGUUCACUGGACACCAUGGGGCCAUUCCACACUUCAGGCAUCACAGGAAUACAGCACACUAUUAACAUGGACGGCAGGGACGAAUUCCCCGAAGACAGUGAAUGCUGCAGCAACAACUCCCGGGAAGUCCAAGGGCAGGAUAGCAUCACAGAAGACAGCGACAGUGACCUCGACAACCACGGGGAAGACUCGUCCUCCAACACCUCCGCCGACGACCACAUGUCCACCAACAGAACACCGUGCCGCCUCCAAGGAGCGGGAGUCAAAGAGGAGAGUGAGGACGGGGCCGAGCACACCUUUGUCUGUCCCCUCUGCCCGCUGGAUUUCAGCAGCCCUGAGAAACUCAUCUCCCAUGUCUACCAGCACACGGCCAUGAUGAGCAACACCAAGAGCUACGUGUGCCCGGUGUGUGGGCGAGCCCUGAGUUCGCCUGGCUCGCUCGGACGCCAUCUUCUCAUCCAUUCCGAGGACCGCCUCUCCAACUGCGCUGUCUGCGGCGCACACUUCACAGACAUCAACAACUUUAACAGGGAGAAGCUUAAAGACGUCCUCGAAACAAACAGGAUGGAUGUCAGUGGUGGAAGGGACUGCUCCAUGUCCCCGUCCCUCUCCAGCAGCCCCAUGGACAGCCCAGGCUCCGGCUCUCACUCCUGCCAUGGACCAGGCCCCAGCCCGAGUUCAUGUCAGGGUCCUCGCCCGUGUCAAGCACCCGACCCAAACCCCAACUUAUGUCAAGCCCAUAGCACCUGCCAGGGACAAGGCCACAUCUCCAGCCAGUGUCAAGGCCCCAGGUCAUGUCACGGCCUGGGUUCUGGGUCGUGCUCGGGCUCCGACCAAGGACCUGUCUUCCCCUCGCUGCCCGACAGUCUCCUCUCUGAAGGGCCGUCACUCGCAUCUAUCCCCGAUGCGCUUAACUCCUCUUCCUCAGGCCUUCCUCCUAUCCCCGACAUAAUGAGCCCCAUGCCGGUGUAUCCUGCAGGGGUGCUGCUGGUGUGCAACAGCUGCGUUGCCUAUCAGCAGCUGCUGGAGGCCCAGUCGCCGAUGCGGAAGUGGGCUCUGCGCAGGAAGAACGAGCCCGUCGAGGCUCGCAUGCACCGUCUGGAGCGCGAGCGCACGGCGAAGAAGAACAAGCGGGCGUGUGAGACGGACGAGGAGAAGGAGCUUAGGAGGCUGCGGGACCGCGAGUCCAAGCGCAUGCAGAGGAUGCAGGAGAGUGAGGAGCAGAGGUCGCGCCGGCUGCAGAGGGACAGGGAGGCCAUGCGUCUGAAGAGGGCCAACGAGACGCCGGACAAGAGGCAGACGAGGCUGAUCCGCGAGAGGGAGGCCAAGAGGAUCAAGCGACGACUGGAGAAGAUCGACCCUGCCCUGAGGACCCAGAUAGAGCACGAUCCCGCCGCCAUGGCCGCGCUCACAGCUGACAUGAGUCUCUUUCAGUUCCCCUGCCCCAUGCCGGUCCCUUCCAUGGAUAACGGCCUGUUCAUGAAGCUGCCCUGAUCGCACCAGGCCCCGGGGGGGGAGGGUUUUAUGACAAAGUGGCUUCUGAGCAGCAUCAUUAACCUCUGCACCCUACCAACACGCUGUCGUGGUCGCAGCAAAAACCAUUCCUCGCUGGUUUACUCCCAGUGUCUAACAGAUUCACAAACUGUACGUUGAAUACAGUAAAAAAAACGACAUCAGUUUCUAAUUUAUUACAGUGGAGAAAACCUUGGAAACAGGGUUGAGAAUGUUUCAUGAUGGAUGGAUGAUGACAUAAAAGCAUGUUGUAAAGAGAUUUAUCUUGUUUCUGUGGACUCUCAGAUUUAACACAGUUCAUUCUAGUGGGAGCAGUUGUACUUCCUUUGAGGGGAAAAUUAAAAAAAAAGUCUUUUGCACAUGGACCUUCAGUAAAAGGGGCCGGGGACUCUGUAGCCCCAGCGCCCUCCUCUCUGGUCCACUCCGCCCGCCCAGUGACUCGGGUUUACCGGUAGCUACACCUCUCUCUUCAAGCUGCCACCGAGGGUCCCUGGGAAGUUCACAUUCAGUCAAAACUACUACCUCAGCCGGCGGCGUGGUCCCGUGGCUCACCGCGCUCCCACUCCCAAGCUUCCAAAGCUCUACAUGUACUGUUCACUACGACAGAGGACGGGUUGUUUCCCCACAGUUUGUGUUUGCAUGGAUCACUCAGGCACUUUAAUAGGACACAAACAUUCACUGGGACGAGCGACUGAUGUACAGAAACACACCGGUACUACACAAACUUCUUAGGGUUGAUGGUAAUGUUUAACAGACACACUCUGAAUGUUUUGUCCUAUUGAACUCGCCCCCCCCCCCCCCCAUCUCCCGAGUUGUACAUUUGCUUCUUUACAUUCUCUUUGCCAAUAUUUGUUUUUUUCUUUACGCUGUUAAACCUUUCUUCCAGUGUCGUGAAUAAUUUUGACUUUGUGUUACAGAGCAUUUCUCUGGCUCUCAGAAACCGCUGCUGUUCUUGUACUGUACAAUACAUUAGUUACCUCUUGUGUAUUUCGGGCUCAUCACUCACAUUAAGGAGUGUUCUGUUAAAGUGGAACAGCACCGGAACACGUUACCCAUUACUUGAACUCUGCCCAUAAAGAUGCAUUUGUUUUCCUGAUGAUGGAUCAAUGACGAUCUGAAAGUGGGUUAUUACUCCGUAGAGGAAGAUACGCAGAUCAUGCAACCGCUGCAUUCAAGGUCUGCAGUACCUUCAAAAUGUCUGAACAGGACCACUUUCAUUAUAUUUCUUCUGUCUGCAGAAACACACUGAGGCUGAAUCCAAGUCCGUUCUGGGAAGAGAGAUUUUAUUCAUCGGUAUUCAUUAACCUCAUCACAGCACAUAUUUAUGCAAUAUGAUGUGAAUAUAUAUUUUUCUUGUGGAAAUAUGUGCGUUGCUUUGUUUUCCGUCAAGUGGUAUAAAAUUAUUUUCAUGAAUGUGUUGAGUUAGAGGCCAUGUUUGGAUGAUCCCAUGUUUUAAUAUCCUGCCUGUAAAGUUACCUCCAGCUUGUCUUGACUUCACCUCACCAGAUGCAAACGGUCAUAGCGUCGGAGAUGAACGUUUGUGAAACACUCUUCUACAGUUAUCAGAGACGGGGGACGAGUGCUGGCCCUGUUUGAGCCACUCCUAGACCAGAGUCCCUCGACCUGGCGGCUUGUUGCAGGAAACGUAACGAGUGACGAAGAAAACAAAUUGGGAUUUUUUUUUCUUGCGUCUCAUCCUCAGAGACUCUUCUAGGAGUGCAUCAAACCUCUAUGCAACAGAUGUGUUAUUUAUUCCAAAAGGGAAAUUAAGUCACUUUUCCCUGAAACUAUGCAGAAUGCGACUUUAAUUCAAACAGACUUCAAUGUUAAAGAGUUUAGCUUCUCAGGCAAUUUAACUCAGUGAGAGGGUUCAGAGCCUCGAUGCAACACCCUGGUCCAUAAGAAUCAUUUAGAGGUCGAUCACAUGACGAGAGAGAGAGACGGGGCUCCGGAGACAGUCUGCCUCCUGAGAUGUGUCUCCUCUCUGCGGCUCAGCACAUGAAAGCAACAGGGUCUCACUGCCAUUCUGCUCAUGACACACCGAGGGGGGAUCAGUGUUCUCGACAGGUGUCACUUGUCUCUUCUCUCAGACUGAAUUCUGGGUAUUCUCCGAGGUCGCUCUUGGAAACUGCUGGGAUCCCUUUGGUCCCCCCAGCAGCAGAAUAACGGGACAGGAAACGUCAGCAUCCGAAAAAUACUCCCGCUAAGCAAAGUAGGAGGAGCCCGGGAGAGACGUUGGUCUUUUUACACGCAGUACGCUCCGUGUGGAUUAAAUAAGCACUGCAUGUCGUGAAACUGCACUUGUCCUAGAAUGGUUCGAUAUGAGCUUGUGUUCUACUGUUAGUUUAUGCCUGCCUGUUUUUUACAGUUAAGUCAAAAGAACAAUGUUGUCAAUGACGUCGGCCUUUCUAUAGUAAUUCUAUCAGGAUUUUCUCUCGAUGUCCAUGUUUACAGAACAAAUCUCGCUGAACAAGGCCAAAUGAAUGAGCUAAACUGCAAAUGAGAACAUUCACGCUCGCUGUGAUAUCAAUGCAUUCUGACUGGAUGGGCCUGUGGGGGCGCCAUCCUCUGUUACUGGAUUAACAGAUGUACAGACCACGAUGAAACAUGGUGAAGAAUGUGGAAAUAAACAUCUUUAUUACAA